AAUUAUCGGAUAUAAAACCAAAAAAAUAUUAUUUAUCGGUAUCCGCAAUCGAUAUUGUUUAAUAUGCCAAAGAGCAAAAAAUACGAAUGUCGCUAUACAAGAACAUGUUUGUUUUAUGAACUGGAAUAAAGCUGCCACAGUAAUGGAAGCAGAUGCCGUUGCAGGUUUCAAAAGAAGCAUUGAAUUACACGGAUUGAAAUUUAAUAAAUUAAUUGGCGACGGUGAUUCAAGUGUCAGUAAAAGAUUGACAGAAACAAGACCUUAUGGACCUAAUUUUAUUAUUGAAAAAAUUGAAUGCCGAAAUCACUUAUUAAGAAAUUAUGGUACAAAGUUAGCGGCAAUUGGUAAAAACACAAAAUAUCCAAUACAUCUCAGAAAACAUAUAUUAAAUAAUGCGAAGAGAUUUAGAACUGCUAUUACGAAAGCUAUUGAUUAUCGUAAUACAUUAAAUCAACAAAGCAAAUAUCAAAAAAUUUCAGGUUUACGCAAAGAUAUAUCAAAUAGUUUUUGUCAUAUUUUGGGUAAUCAUGAGCAAUGUGAAGAAUAUUUUUGCAAAGGUAAAAAAUUAAAUGAAGUAAACCUAUACGAAGAUGCGGAAAAAUGUGGUCUUUACAGAGAAGUAAAUCAAAUAAUCAAACGAUUAGCAAUGCAUGCAGAUAGUUUGUUAAUGAAUGUGGAUAAUAACGUAUGCGAGCAAUUCAACAGCAUUAUUAACAAACAUUUGGCUGGCAAACGAAUAAAUUUUUCAUUACGUCAAUCAUAUAACACUCGAAUUGAAUCCUGAGUAAUUUCAUACAACACCUCAGGCCAACUAUUGCGCUCAUUACACAAACAUGUAGUCCAUAAAAUUAGUCCAGGAAAUGUUGGUAAACGUUUUUUAAAAUCAAGAGAACGAAAAGCCGUGUUAUUAAAAAACAGAAGAAAAUUAAUUCCUAAGAGGAAAUUAUUUUUAGAUAAAUCGUGUGGGGCCGAUGCAAAUUACGGUUUAGCUGAAGCACUAAUUGACGAGUAUACGCAGGACGAUCUCGAACGUAAAAAAACAUCCAACUUUGGACGGAUUUGUAAACGAAGACCAACUACCUCAUGUAAAAAUAUUAUAUAUG